AGUUUACGCGCACGGUGUAUAAAUCGGAGAGAGUCCUGCUGUCGACGAGGAGCGGUGUGUUCGCGAAAUUACAUGUUUCCUCGUGCAUGCGGUACGCUAUGAACAUCAACGUCCUCGGAUGUAACGGGUGGUUUGCAAGGGACCUGAAGAGGCGACACUCCUGGGGCAGCGAGGUCAACUACCAGCCGGCGGAAACGGAAGGCGUACCGACACCAGACGGAGGAGAUCCCGUCGUCCCGUCGGCCGACGAAGAGGACCGAAUCUCGUAUAAGGAACAUGGCUGUUCGGUGCAGACGGUGGACCUGGUGGCGGACUGUCCACUGCAGGUGGUGACACCAUCCUCGAGGUCGCCGUCACCACCGAGAUCGCCGUCGCCCGCGGCUAAGCCACCGACGCCGCCCCUCGCAUCCCCGAGGAGCAUGGGCCAACGGCCAAGCACCCUGUUGCGGCCCAAGAUCUCAUUGACCUGGGUCCUACGCGGGCAACAGCAACCAACCGCGAAUAACGGUCACGGGACUGCCAACGGGAACGCAGGUGCAAACGGCGAUCGUGAAAGUCUGUCGCGGAAUACCAAGGAAAGGUCCUCGAGGAGGAGCGUGAAAAGUGUGAAGGAGAAAGUCAACGGGAAAGAGAAUCUCGAUGGAGGGGAGAAACGGGAAAAGAAAAUCGUGCACAGGAUGGAAAAGAUCGAGAGGACGGAAAAGGUGGAGGCACAGGAAAAGGCUGUCAGCAAAGAGGUCCUUGUCAACGAGAGAUCAUCCCUGGAGGUCUCUCGGGAGAAACAGUCCGAGAAGGAAUUCUCAGGGAUGAAGGAGACCAAGGAGAAGGAGAAAGUUAAGAGGGCGGUAUCCGAACCGUCCCUACUAUCUCGGGAGUCAACGUCCACCCCGAACGGCCGUGAAAAGCACAGACAUAGAAGAACGAAACGAUCCCACAAGCCCAGACCACCCAGCAGAUUUGGUUAUGAAAUUGCUGAUCUCGAUGCGUUCCUUACAAAGGCGUCCAUAGAGAAGCCAGCUAACAUUCCAGUGGUUCUGUCCUUUCCGUCGGUCUUGUACCAGACUCAGGGUGGAACUCAGGAUGAGAUGGCUCUUCCUCUUGGAACGGUGGUGAACGCAGUCUUUAAGAACCAGACCUGGUUGUACGUUCAAACACCGCACGGCCAGGAAGGCUAUGUUGGCUACGCUGCUUGUCUUCCGUUAGGGAUAUUGCCACAACCUACAAGGGGACCUUGCUGGGAGGACUCCACGGAUGUAUUUCCACGACCUUUAGGGAACAUGACCGACACGGAAAAGCUUAGAGACACCAGGUCAGAGUGUGGCGCCCGCGGUCGAAGUUCAAGGGUUAGGCGAAGCUCUAGGGACGCCGUGUCUGCUUGCGGAGAACGCAGCGUAGAUAGGCUAUAUCUUAGAGCCGCGGCGAAUGCCAGAACUAAAGGAUCACGCCAUACCUUACUGGUCAUACGUAGCGACUACGAGGCUCGAGGUGGAAACGCGCUGAGUGUCGCUAAAGGUGAUGUGGUGGCCCUCCUCAGUGACCAUGUUAGCGAUUGGUUCUGGGUUCGUUCACGAGACGGCAGAGAAGGCUUCAUACCCGCGGUGAUCGCUGGUCACGGUUUUUUGUGAUCAUUGUACCGAAUUUUGUACUUACCAUAUAUUCUAGAAAUAUCGCUACUAACACUUUCGGUGCUAACAUU